UUAGAAAAUUUAUUUACUCUAGAAGAAAUCGAUCGAUUGAUGUAAUUCUAUUUUGAGAUAGAUAGACUCAAUUAAUUUUACCGGAGUACACUUCUUUUCUUAUGAAAGCUAUUAGAAUGACAUUGAUUAUAAGAUAUUCUAAAUGAAAGUUCCUUAUCGUGGAUACAUGGACAGUUCAUAAGCUCAGAGUAUUGAGUAUAUAUAAACCCUAAACAAUUCCAGAGAAUUGAAACCUAGCAAAGACACGUGUCUCCUUAAAGUCUCUUUUAUGUUCCUAGGGAACUGAGAUGUGAUAUUUUGCGAAAUGAUUUAUUUAUUUGAUUAGGCGUUUCAUAACCACCCGAAUUAAGGAAAGUUUUGGAGACGUUUGAUGGUUGCAUUCAAAUCGAUUCUUUGUUCCCCUGGACGGCGAGGUGGUGUUCUGAUGAACAUUCUCUUAAUCCCUAUCAAAUAUUUGAACUUUAAGUUGAGAAGAAAUGUAUAUUAUCACGGCCACUCUGUGUUUUUAAAAUACUUUACAUAGAUUUAAUAUGAACUACCCUAUUACAUCUCCAUGCAUAUUCAAUGUAAACUGUUACCAAACUUGACGCUGAGUGAGGUGGAACGAACUUUAGAAAAAAUAUAUAAUCCAAUUUUUAUUGAAUGGAGAGAUGUGGUGGAUUUUUUCUGUGAGGUUUAAGGAUGAACGUGCUUUAGGGAGGAUAGCCAACUGACCCCAGUGAGGGACUCCGUCAAAAUCCCCCCCCCCAAAGGAAAAAAACUUGGAGGAUGUGAUUUUCCUUGCUGUACAUAUAUUGCGUCAUGUUUACUUUUAUGAACCCGGUAGCAAACUAUGUUAGAGAAAUUCGGGUACCCUGUAAACUCGAACCAAUCGAACGAGCGUCAACAACACUGCCGUUCGUGUUCGAUUCUCAAUCGAGUUCCCGAACUCAGUCACCUUACUCCCGUAGAGCGACACCAUCCUUAGUGUAUCCUUUCGUAAGACGUGACAUUCCCCCUGUGAAACGACAACUUCAUCGGGAAAUCUUAUACUUCUUUGGACGCAAUAAAGAGUUCUCCAGUAACAGGGAUGCGGUCAAAUAUUAUAAAGAAUCACAUUCUUUAGGAAUUUCUGUGAAUCUAGACGACGAAGCCUCACGUCAACUCUACAAGUCUUCCAAACACUGUCCUCGACAUCGAAUUUUAUCAAAACAUCGCAAGAUUGAAAGAACAAACAAUUGAUGAAGUACAUGUAAUUAGACUAGUUCAUACUUGCAGAAAUCAACGUCUUCAAGCUGUUGUUUUAUUGUACAUAUAUAUUUUUUUCUCAGAAGUAUACUACUAAUAGUGAACAUUUUGUUUUAUUCGGAAUUGAUGAAAUAACAUGUUAUCUAAUAUAACAGACAAAAGAAACCUUGUUGUGCUGACGUCUCUUAAUGUUCUUUUGAAAAUAUUUCAUUCAAGUUAGAAUGUAUUUCACUACUGCUAUUGUUUUGAAAGCUGAAGUCUGUGCUAAUUUUUUUUAAUGAUUUAUAAAACAGUUUCUUGUUGCGACCCUUCGUUUGCGCUUCACAAGGAACAAAAUAUCAAGGAAGCAACUUCAUUAUGUAAUCACAUUAUUUCCCACAAUCUGCAAUUAAAUGAAUGUGUACACGUUACAUAAUGUGAAAGCAAUUGUAUCAUACAGACUUUUACAGUUGUUGUCCCCCUGCUUGGAUUGGGGGUUCGAAAGAGUAUUGCAUCGAUACUGUAACGCUCUUUAGUUAAUUUAUUUAUUCAUUUAUUUAUUUGUAAGGAAAGGGACCGUCACGGUAAAUUUCUUAGCCUGUACAUAUUGCGACAAUAUGAACCUACCCUCACUGUACAUAUUGUCGUCCACCGGUACACACUGACAUUGGCAACAAUAUGAACCUACCCUCACUGUACAUAUUGUCGUCCACCGGUACACACUGACAUUGGCAACAAUAUGAACCUACCCUCACUGUACAUAUUGUUCCACCGGUACACACUGACAUUGGCAACAAUAUGAACCUACCCUCACUGUACAUAUUGUCGUCCACCGGUACACACUGACAUCGGCAACAAUAUGAACCUACCCUCACUGUACAUAUUGUCGUCCACCGGUACAUACUGGCAUUGGCGAAAAUAUGUGCCUAUCGAGUUGAGACUCUUUUUUUCUUCCUUGCAGAAGGGCGACAAAGUGUAUCUUACAUUAUGGCACAUAUUGUGAUCAGCGACGAUAAAUGCUUAGAACAUUUGCAAUUUUUGUCGCCAAAAGUAUUGUUUGAAGAAUUUUGUACUGGGGUCGGAGAGGGAGAGAGACAUACAUUAUAUUCUUGGCAUUUUUUAAUGAAUUUAUAUUAUCCAUGUUUAUUGCACCUUUCUCCCUCUUCGCAGUGCAACUUGUAUUUUUAAUAAACUAAUAUAGCAUUUUAUUGCAGCUGCUUCGUUAAACAUGACAACUGUGUGUUAAAAACCAUUGAUUUUUCUUUUGCAUUACUGUUCGCAUAGAGUGAAGCAUAUAUUGGUUGUUAACUCUU